AUGGAAUUUUAAUUACAAGAGAAAAAUUAAGUAAGACUAAACUUAUUUAACCAAUCUAGAGUAAAACUAGUUUCAACUUAGAGUGGGUAAGUUUCUUUAAGAUUUAUUAAAACAUAUGAAGUCACUUCAAAAUAAAAAUAAUACAAUUUACAUUUGUGUUACACAUCAAGGAGUAGUUUCAUUAACUUUAAAAAUUCAAAAUAUUAGAAGUCCUUAUUAAAUUGA